GAUAGGGAGAGAGAGAAUGGAGAGUGGUGUAGCUAUGAAGAAUGAUAAACAACAACCUACUUCAUCUCUGCAACUCAAAAAAGACACACCACCACCACCACCACCACCACCACCACCACCAAGCCCACUGCGAAACAUAAUAACGGUGGCGUCAAUUGCCACCGGCAUAUGCUUCGUGUGGGCCCUACAACUCUCCCUCCUGACCCCAUACGUCCAGCUCCUAGGCAUCCCCCACAUGUGGGCCACCUUCAUGUGGCUCUGCGGCCCCAUCUCCGGCAUGGUGGUGCAACCCGUCGCCGGCUACUACAGCGACCGCUGCACCUCCCGCUUUGGCCGCCGCCGCCCCUUCAUCGCUGCCGGUGCCGCCCUUGUCUGCGUUGGCGUCUUCAUCAUUGGCUAUUCUGCCGACUUGGGCCGCCUCCUCGGAGACCCUACAGCCAAAAAGACCCCCAAGCCCCGCGCCAUCGUUAUCUUCAUCAGCGGCUUCUGGGUCCUCGACGUGGCCAACAACACGGUACAGGGACCCUGCCGUGCCUUCCUCGGAGACCUCGCGGGCAACGACCAACGCCUGACCAGAACUGCCAACGCCUUAUUCUCCUUCUUCAUGGCGGUCGGACACGUCCUCGGAUACGCUGCAGGAUCAUACAGUCACCUCCACAAUAUGUUUCCAUUCACAAUCACUGAAGCAUGUGAUGUCUACUGUGCAAAUUUGAAGAGCUGUUUUUUUCUCUCCAUUAUUCUGUUACUAUCCCUAACUGUCUUCGCGCUCACAACAGUACAUGAGAAGCCUAUAAGUCUACCGAAAUCUGGAAAUAACGUGGAGGGGAAGUUACCCUUUUUCGGGGAAAUAUACGGUGCGUUGAAGGAGUUGCCUAGGUCCAUGCGGAUGAUAUUGUUGGUGACGUGUCUGAAUUGGAUCGGUUUCUUUCCGUUUCUGUUGUACGAUACGGACUGGAUGGGGAAGGAGGUUUAUGGAGGGAAGGUUGGGGAGGGGACGAUGUAUGCUAAGGGCGUGCACGCGGGUGCAUUAGCGCUGAUGCUGAACUCGGUGGUGGUGGGGAUCACUUCGCUGACGGUGCAGUUUGUUGGGCAUGGCGGUGGUGGGAAGCGGAUGUGGGGGUGGGCCAACUUUCUGUUGGCAAUUUGCUUGGCCAUGACGGUGUUGAUUACCAAAUUGGCUGAUUCCACAAGGCGGUUUGCCCCCGAAGGCGGUGGUGGGACUGAUCCCUUGCCGCCACCUGUUGGUGUUAAGGUUGGCGCGUUUGCUCUCUUCGCCAUCUUGGGCAUCCCUUUCUCGGUGACUACUAUUGUUCCCUAUGCUCUAGCUUCCAUAUUUUCUACCACUUCUAAUGCUGGACAAGGUCUCUCUAUGGGAGUUCUCAAUUUAGCAUCAGUUAUACCACAGAUGAUUGUGUCUGUAACGAGUGGACCAUGGGAUGCCCUAUUUGGAGGAGGCAAUUUACCGGCAAUUGUCGUUGGAGCCAUUGCAGCCGCAGUAAGCGGCGUGCUUGCGCUUACCGUGCUUCCAUCUCCGCCACCAUCUUGAUACUCAAUCCGUCAAGAAAGAUAUUUAGAAGUCUAAUUCAAACGCUCUAUCACGACUCAGCCGCUAAAUGUUUUUCGAGAGCCACAUUUCAUUUUUUAUAAAUUGAAAUGCAAGUUUGGAUUGUGAUAUCUAGUUUUCGGUAUGUCUCCUCUUAAUUUUAUCAUUUUAGUCCAAUUACAAGACUCCGACGUACAUUCAACUGACUAGUGGCAGAAUCUUGUAUUUAUGUUGGUUGUAUGCCAAUUUUUAUCAGAUUUUAGAAAAUAA